UGCACAUGUGCGUGGGCUGGCCCAGCCUCCAGAGCACAGAUUCCAUUGCAGGACCAUCGCCUCGCCUUGCAGACACCAUGGUCCCGUGGGCCUGCUGCCUGCUGGUGGGGCUGUGUGCCCUGCUCCCUCAUGCCAUCCCCCAGCAGGACCCCCUUGGGGACGCUGAGCGCUGUGGCAUCACUUUUCAUGCCCCAAAUCCUUGCGGUCCACCCCGCGUGCCAUCCCCUCUUGCAUCUCGUGAGGAGCUGGAGCACCUGCAGAGCCUCCUGCAGCAGAACAGGGCCACGCUGCAGGAUGUGGAGGCGGCGGCGGUGCUGGAGGAACCCCAACCCCGGUACCAGGAUGUGAUCAAUGAGGCGCUGCCUGCAAUCCGUGGGGCCAACCAGGAAUUUGGGGAGAGCCUGGACAACGUGCGCAGGGAGCUGGAGGCUCACAUGGCCCAGAGCGAUCACCCGCAGGUGGUGGAGAAGAGGGAGAAGCUGCGCAAGGACAUCCGUCUGGUGGCCCACGUGCUGAAUCUCACUUCCCACCUUGCCCACGUCCUCGACGCCUCCUCCCAGCGCCUCCAGGAUGAGCUGAGCCUCCGCCUGCAGCGCUCGGCCACCCGUGCUGCUGCUGCCCAGCCAUAGGACACGGGCUGAGCUCUGCCUCUGCUCCCACCACAGCCUCGCUUGCUGGUAGGAUGCUGCUUUGCACUCAUGCUGUAUUGCUUUCAAGGAAUCCUUUUGCAGACAGCACUUGCAAAGCAAGCUGGGUGCUGGGUGGGGUUGAGGGCUGCAGCCUGCUGUGCAAGUCCUCAUCCACAUGAUGCCCAUCACCCCGAGUAUUUAAUAUGUUUGUCUUGUAGGAGCUCUGCCUGUGUAUGGCAGAGCCCCGUGGCACUGCGUGUGCCCCCUGCUGCAGGCUCCUUCCUUCUCCUUUGCUUCUCCCUGAACAUGCGAUGCCCAUGCAACCAUUUGCAGCCAGCCAAAAUCAGUCAAAAUCUGAGAAACAUGGAACAUCUCGAGCUGGAAGGGAGCCCCGAGGAUUACUGUGUGCAACCCCAAAAAUCCAAAUGCGAUGCCUGUCUUCAA